UCAUGACGUCACUGGAGCACGCUCCCAGAGCUGUCACCGUCACCGGGAGAGGCGAAGGACGUCCGGGUACCGGCUGAUAGUGGAGCCGCUCUCACGCUGCUGGAGUGGACGUUUGAUUCAGUUCUUCCUGUCCUGGGACCCAUCCGGGUGGAGUUAAAUUUCCUGCCGUUGUUGAAGACGUCCGGCCCUAUCGGACUGACCGCCACCACCGUGUGCGAGAUUGUUUAAGGACUGCUCAUGCAUCGUUUAAGGACUUGUGCGGCGCGAUUGCGCCCGCUCACCGCCUCCCAGGCGGCACAGACUGUCGGCCAGCAACGGCCAGUCACAGGCGCCUCUGCAGGCAACACAAGGACGUUUCAGCCAAUCAGGUGUUACUCUGCACCUGUUGCCUCAGAGCCGUUCCUGAACGGGACAAGCUCCAACUAUGUGGAGGAGAUGUAUUACGCCUGGUUGGAGAACCCCAAGAGUGUACACAAGUCAUGGGAUGUGUUUUUCCGAAACGCCAAUGCCGGCGCUCCUCCUGGCGCCGCCUACCAGUCUCCCCUGAGUCUGACUCCAGCGUCCGGCGUCGCCGCUCCUCAGUUAUCCUCGCUGGUGGGAGCUCAGCCCAACGUGGAGAAACUCGUGGAGGAUCACCUGGCAGUCCAGUCGCUCAUCAGGGCUUACCAGAUCCGAGGGCACCAUGUGGCCCAAUUGGACCCCCUCGGCAUCCUGGACGCUGAUCUGGACUCGUGUGUCCCCACUGACAUUAUCACCUCCUCCGACAAGCUGGGCUUCUACGGUCUGGAUGAGUCUGAUCUGGACAAGCAGUUCCGGCUGCCCACCACCACCUUCAUCGGGGGCUCGGAGAGCGUGCUGCCGCUGAAGGAGAUCAUCCGCCGCUUGGAGAUGGCGUAUUGUCAGCACAUCGGUGUGGAGUUCAUGUUCAUCAACGACCUGGAGCAGUGUCAGUGGAUCAGGCAGAAGUUCGAGACUCCGGAUGUGAUGAAGUUCACGCUGGAGGAGAAGAGGACACUGCUGGCCCGAAUGGUCCGCUCCACCAGGUUUGAGGAGUUCCUUCAGAAAAAGUGGUCUGCAGAGAAACGCUUUGGACUGGAGGGCUGUGAGUCUCUGAUCCCGGCUCUGAAGACCAUCAUCGAUAAAUCCUCUGAGAACGGCGUGGAGAACGUCAUCAUGGGCAUGCCUCACAGGGGUCGACUGAACGUUCUGGCCAACGUGAUCCGGAAGGAGCUGGAGCAGAUCUUCUGUCAGUUUGACUCCAAGCUGGAGGCGGCCGACGAGGGCUCCGGAGACGUCAAGUACCACCUGGGCAUGUACCACCGGCGCAUCAACCGCGUCACGGACAGGAACAUCACCUUGUCUCUCAUGGCCAACCCGUCUCACCUGGAGGCUGUGGACCCGGUGGUUCAGGGGAAGACCAAAGCUGAGCAGUUCUACGGCGGAGACAACGAUGGCAAAAGGGUGAUGUCCAUCCUUCUCCACGGAGACGCCGCCUUCGCAGGUCAGGGGAUCGUCUACGAGACCUUUCACCUGUCUGACCUGCCGUCCUACAGCACACACGGCACCGUGCACGUGGUCGCCAACAACCAGAUUGGUUUCACCACGGAUCCUCGCAUGGCGCGCUCGUCUCCGUACCCGACUGACGUGGCCCGUGUCGUCAACGCUCCCAUCUUCCACGUCAACGCCGACGACCCCGAAGCCGUCAUCUACGUGUGCAAGGUGGCGGCCGAGUGGAGAGCCACCUUCCACAAAGACGUGGUGGUUGACCUGGUGUGCUACCGCCGGAUGGGCCACAACGAGAUGGACGAGCCGAUGUUCACGCAGCCACUGAUGUACAAGCAGAUCAAGAAGCAGAAACCGGUUCUGCAGAAAUAUGCAGAAAAGCUGAUCGCAGAAGGAGCCGUGAGCAGGCAGGAGUACGAGGAGGAGAUUGCCAAGUACGAUAAGAUCUGUGAGGAGGCGCAUGCUCGCUCCAAAGAUGAGAAGAUCCUGCACAUCAAGCACUGGCUGGACUCUCCAUGGCCUGGUUUUUUCACGUUGGACGGACAACCCAAGUCGAUGAGCUGCCCCUCCACCGGUCUGACUGAGGAAAACCUCAACCACAUUGGACAAGUGGCUUCGUCUGUCCCCGUGGAGGACUUCACCAUCCACGGAGGUCUGAGCCGCAUCCUGAAGAGCAGAGCGGGGAUGGUUCAGAACCGGAUGGUGGACUGGGCUCUGGGGGAGUACAUGGCCUUCGGCUCGCUGCUGAAAGAGGGAAUCCACAUCAGACUGUCGGGACAGGACGUAGAGAGAGGAACGUUCAGCCACCGUCACCACGUCCUCCACGACCAGAACGUGGACAAGAGGACCUGCAUUCCCAUGAACCACCUGUCUCCUGACCAGGCGCCGUACACCGUCUGCAACAGCUCGCUGUCCGAGUACGGAGUCCUGGGCUUCGAGCUGGGGUUCGCCAUGGCCAGUCCCAACGCCCUGAUCCUGUGGGAGGCCCAGUUCGGAGACUUCCACAACACUGCCCAGUGCAUCAUCGACCAGUUCAUCUGCCCCGGCCAGGCCAAGUGGGUCCGGCAGAACGGCAUCGUGCUGCUGCUGCCGCACGGCAUGGAGGGCAUGGGCCCAGAACAUUCUUCAGCUCGCCCAGAGCGGUUCCUGCAGAUGUGCAACGAUGACCCAGACGUGAUGCCGACCAUCACAGAGGACUUCGCUGUGCGUCAGCUCUACGACUGCAACUGGAUCGUGGUGAACUGUUCAAACCCGGCAAGCUACUUCCACGUUCUGAGGAGACAGAUCCUGCUGCCGUUCAGAAAGCCUCUGAUCGUCUUCACUCCCAAGUCUCUGCUGCGUCACCCGGAGGCUCGGUCCAGCUUUGACGAGAUGCUGCCCGGAACCCACGUCCAGAGGGUGAUCACAGAAGCUGGCCCAGCCGCCCAGCGGCCGGAGCAGGUCAAGAGAAUCAUCUUCUGCACAGGGAAGGUUUACUACGAGCUGACCAAAGAGAGGAAGGCCCGCGGCAUGGAGGACGUGGUGGCCAUCGACCGCAUCGAGCAGCUCUCCCCGUUCCCGUUCGACCAGGUGAAGUCGGAGUCGGAGCGUUUCUCCAACGCCGACCUGGUGUGGUGUCAGGAGGAGCACAAGAACCAGGGCUACUACGACUACGUGAAGCCUCGCAUGAGGACCACCAUCAACAGAGCCAAGCCCGUCUGGUACGCUGGCAGAGGGCCGGCUUCAGCUCCGGCCACCGGAAACAAGAACACCCACCUGAUGGAGCUGCGGCGCUUCAUGGACACCGCCUUCGACCUGGAGGCUUUCAAAGAUCAGGAGUGAAGCAGCAGCACCUGCACCGGACCCCCACACACACACACACACACACACACACACACACACACACACACACACACACACACACACACACACACACCGGGCUGUACUACUGAUGACGCCGUACACAAAAAUGAGCGCAGUCGAGAGAUCCACAUUCAGUAGAAACAUUCUCAACUAGUUAAAAACCUAAAUUUCCCAUUGACACUACGGGAGGUGAGGGCUGGUUGGAGCUGCAGGGGGUUGGGGGUACGAGUCCUCUCCCCUGCAGAGCUCCUCCUCCUCCGUGUGCUCCCAGGCCUGUGGUCAGUAGUACAGCAGCUCCAGGCUCAACUUCACAAACGCGUCUGAGUUCCUUCUGGGAUUCAUCACAUUCAAACUCAUGAAACUUUUUAACCCGGAAAGUUGAAACAAUCGUCUUCAUGAAGUAUGUGCUACAAACACAUCCGAGUGUUUUAUUUUGUUAGUGUGUUGGGAGAAGUUGAUGGGAUGCGUGCGUGCGUGCGAGGGGGGGUCAUUUACAGUUCGGUGCUCGUUGGGACCCGUUGGUGUGGAAGUUUGUCUGCGUUCCCUGCGGUGGAGUGGAGCCUGAAACUGCACCGUGAUGACACACACACUUCCUCCGUCCACCCACACACACACACUUCACAGCUGUCAAUACUCCGCUAAUGAUUCAGAUCCAGACAGAGGGACGCCCUGGUUUCCUUUACCCCCAGUCACCUUCAUCAUCAUCUCUCUCUGACACUCAAACAUAGAAUCACUGCUGCUUCUUCUCUUCUUCCUCAUUGAAAAGCUGCAGGAAAUGUUUUAUUUUGGCUUUUAAUGGCGGCUUGUUAGUAUGGUUAGCCUCAUUAGCUCUCCCCAUUAGCAGUAGUGGGAGUCCGGCUCAGUAGUACCAGACAGCAGGACCGGUUUGGUUUUAUUUCCUGCCUCAGCAGGUACAUUUGCUAAGUAAGUCUAUAAAUUAGUUGCAAUGGCAACCCCUGACACUGAGAUUUUACCCUUUUUUGUUUUUUUGUGGGUAAUAGAACAGGAUUUCAGCGCCGUUGGGCUUCAUGCACUGCUGUUACCCCGUUACCCCCCCAUCCCCACAGCGAGCAAUCAUCGCGUGCCAAAAUGUGUCGCAGCGUCUCAACUUUUUAGAUUUUUUUUCUUGGUGUCGCAGCUGAACUGCGGACGGGAAAACAAAGAGGACGGCAGAGGAAGACGUCAGCUCCAGCUGCUGCUCAGCCAGACAAAGAAAACAUUUAUUUAUUUUCAUAAAAGGGGAUUGAGGUUUUCUCCGUUAUUUUGCUUCAUUCAAUAAAGGAUUCUGUAUGUACUGAUGA